AACACCCAACUGUCCAAUGUCAAGUUACCUACUUUUACGCAACACAUCGCUAGCGCCUAAUCAACAAUCGUAGAUAAGUGACGUGUUCCAAUGUCGUUGCUUUCAGGAUAAUUUGACGCAUUGCGAUUAGUCAUUGGUUGUGCACGCGCUUAUCUGGACGUUUCCGUUAAAACGAUCGUAAGAUAAAGUAGACGCUCAGUGUUUUGCCGAAGUGUUUCCAAGCUUCUCACUGAUUUUGUGUACAAAGAGAGAAAACAUGUCUUUUAUCUCGCCGAUGCCUAGCCAGCAAUUCCUCUGGGAUGUGUUUCAAAGAGUUGACAAAGACAGAUCUGGUGCAAUCAGUGCAGACGAGUUGCAACAGGCUCUCUCAAAUGGCACAUGGACUCCUUUUAACCCAGAGACUGUUCGUCUAAUGAUCGGUAUGUUUGACAAAACCGAUCCUGCUUCUCCAGGUAUGUUUGAUAAGAAACAAUCAGGCACCGUCAGUUUCGAGGAAUUCGGAGCGUUAUGGAAAUACGUUACCGACUGGGAGAAUUGUUUCCGAUCGUUCGACCGCGAUAACAGCGGCAAUAUCGAUCGUCACGAAUUGAAGACUGCUCUGACGAACUUCGGCUACCGACUCAGCGAGGAAACGAUCAACAUGCUCAUACGAAAAUACGAUCGUGCAGGACAUGGUACAAUAUACUUCGACGACUUCAUACAGUGCUGCAUAGUUCUAUAUACUUUGACCUCUUCCUUCAGACGAUUAGAUACAGAUCUGGAUGGCGUGAUAACGAUCCACUACGAACAAUUCUUGGGCAUGGUGUUCAAUCUAAAAGUAUAAAUCAUACGCACGGUAUGCUUCAGCAAGUAUUUUCUCCUAGCAGCUAUGACAACACAUUGUUUAAAGCCCAGGCACAUUGAAGUGCCAAAUAAAAACAAAAAUUACCCUGCUUGCACGUGUGAGAAAAAAGCAUCAGAAUCUCCAAAAUUAAUAUUUAUUUGUACAUUUGUAACUUUGUCGUACAAACGAGAUUCGAUCAAACUACCAAGCAUUUUAGUUGACGAUUAAUUUUCAUUGAGAUAUAUGUUCAUGUAUGCUGAAGAUGCACUUUAGUUUGUUAUGAUUACUAGAAAUGACUUGUUAGUGGCACUGAUAUCCUAUAAGAUUAAAAAUUAACGAGACAUUCCUUCUAUAUGUAUACAAUUUAUAUGAGGUAUAAUUCUUAUGAUAUAUAAUCAUUUCUCAAAGAAACAAAAAUAAUGUCCAACAAAAUAAUAAUUUUUGGAAAUUCUGAAACCACGUGAUAAAUAAACGACCGUAUAUAUUAAUUAAUUGCCAAGAUUAAUUGCCAAAGCCAACUUGAGAAAUGAUCAUCACACAAUUUAUUAAUAUAAGCCAAUUAUCAAUUGUAUCAAUUCAGGUAUUCAGUGUAAAACAAAUAUUUAUUUCAGAGGCAUUUUCAUAUAGCUUUAAAUUCUUCCAAUAUUGUUAUAUACAGAUUGCAUUAUCUGAUGAAAUUUGAAUGUUUAACUGAUUAUCACACAAAUAUAAAAAAUGUACCUUUAAAUAAUUUUAAGCAACACAUAAGCACUCAAGAAUGUGUCCUAUACAUUUCUUCACUAUACAUAAUUUGUUAUAUAUAUAGUAUAUAUUUACAUAUAUCAAUAUUGACCGAUACAUGUGACAUUCAUAUGAUUCUGUAUUUUUCUAUUAUUAUUGAUAUUAACAGUUAAAAACAACCAAAAAAUAUAUUCCUUUAUAAAGCAAUCUUAUCGCAAGUAUUAUUUAAGAUUCUAACAAGAGGUAUAGCACUAUCAGUGUUCCAUUCCAGUAUUCCUUAGAACAAAGGAUGAGGAUCAAAUAAAGAAUAAUUACAGUAUAGUUA